AUGCGACUUCUUCACUUUGAUCAGUUUGGCCGACUCCUCUUAACAGACUUUCACGGGAAGCCUGUCCCACCAUAUGCUAUUCUUUCACACAGAUGGGAGGAAUCAGAAAUUCUCUUUGAAGACAUAGCUAGCGAGACUUACAAAGAGAAGAAGGUCAGCUAUCGCAAGCUUCUGUUCUGCGCUAAACAGGCGGCCCAAGACCAGCUCCAGUACUUCUGGAUUGACACGUGCUGCAUCAAAAAAUGGGACAGGCUUGAGCUCUCGCGAGCGAUCAACUCAAUGUUUCGCUGGUACAGAAAAGCAACUAAAUGCUAUGUGUUUUUAUCGGAUGUGCCCAAUACAACGGACACAGUACAGAGCACCAACUGGGAGGCAUCCUUCCGGGCAAGCGCGUGGUUCACUCGAGGCUGGACACUCCAAGAGCUGAUUGCGCCAGCAUCGGUGGAAUUUUUCUCCUGCAAGGAACAGAGGCUAGGGGAUAAGAGUUCCCUAGAACAACUAGUGCAUGGAAUUACUAAGAUUCCGCUCGCAGCACUGCGGAAUCAUCCCUUAGACAAAUUCUCUCUACACGAGCGAAUGCAUUGGGCCGACAAUCGCGUCACCACUGAACAGGAAGACAUUGUGUACUGCCUUUUUGGACUUCUAGGUGUAACCAUGCAGAUUAACUAUGGCGAAGGGAAGGAAAAAGCAUGGAGAAGACUUCAAACAGAAGUCGAGGCAACUAACAGAACACCUUCCAUCAUUCCAUUUUCCCGCAACGAGCAUUUUGUCGGACGAGAGUCUCAGCUUGCCGCUCUACAGGCAAAUUUGGUCAGCAACGACCAUACUACUACGACAACUAGAUUGGCUAUAGUAGGACCUGGCGGAACAGGCAAAUCGCAGCUGGCGCUAGAGCUUGCAUACAGAGUAAGAGAGGAGAUCAAGACUUGCUCAGUGUUUUGGUUGGAUGCAAGCAACAUGGAAAGUCUUGAACGUUCGUACUACAGCAUUGCCCAGAGGCUCAAUAUUCCUGGAUGGGAUGACGAAAAGGCAGAUGCAAAGCAGCUUGUAAAACUUCAUCUCGAAAAAGAGGAUACAGCACAUUGCUUGCUGAUCUUUGACAACCUAGAAGACAUCACGCUACGAGCUGGUGAGAUUUUGUCAGCAGGGGGGGUAGGUUUGACUGCCUACCUACCUCAAUCCACGCGAUGCUCUGUCGUGUUUACAACAACUGAAAUCAGCCUAGCUGAGCAAAUGGCAUCACAAGCGCUUAUAGAGCUACAGGAGCUGACACCAGACUCCGCCAAGGAGAUGUUGAAGAACUACUUGAACAGAGACAAAAAUUUCGAUUCAACCGAGGAGCAGCAAGCGAGGAUUUUGCUGCAAGAGCUUUCACAUCUUCCGCUAGCGAUUAUCCAAGCAGCAGCUUAUAUCAAUGUCACGGCUGUAUCACUUGAGGGUUACCAAUCAAAAUUGAAGACACAAAACGACUACGAUGUCAAACUAGAUAGUAGUCCAUCAAGGGAAAGACCACAGAGGUUGGGAGCAAAGGAUCCUGUGGCCACCACGCUAUUCAUCUCCCUCGAUGAGAUCCGCCGUAGUCAUGCGCUUGCAGCGGAAUAUGUGUUACUUGCGGCCUGUGUAGCCUCCAAGGAUAUCCCGUUUGAACUCUUCGAAAACGAAAACAUUCGAGAAAGAGAAAAUGCUAUACAGGUACUCAGUAAAUACAGGCUAGUCACUCGGCGGCCCGAAGAUUCUGCACUGGACUUGCACCGACUGGUUCAUUGUGCAUUGCAGAAAUGGCUUCAGCAGCACAAUCAGUUUCAGGAGCAGAUCGAAAAUGCCAUCACAAAGCUACUUCGGAUCUUCCCAGACCACAACCAUCAGAACAGGAGUAAGUGGAGACGAUUGUUUCCGCAUACCAAGUACGUUCUAUCAUACAGGUCUCCUGGAGUAGAGGAUGGCAAACAGUCAGAUCUGAUAUGGAAAUACGCAAGAGCAUUGGAUAGUGACGGACAUUAUAAUGAAGUGGAAGAGCUGUUGACACGAUUGAUGGGGACGAGAAAGAGGGUACUCGGGGACGAGCAUCCUGAUACGCUGACCUGCAUAGCGAGCCUAGCAACAACGUAUAGAAAUCAAGACCGGUGGAAGGAGGCUGAAGAUCUAGAGGUGCAAGUACUAGAGAUAAGCAAGAGAGUACUUGGGGACGAGCAUCCUAACACGCUAAUUAACAUAUCAAACCUAGCGUCGACGUAUUAUGAACAAGGGCGGUGGAAGGAGGCUGAAGAGCUACAGACACAAGUACUAGAGAUAAGGAAGAGAAUACUUGGGGACGAGGAUCCUUAUACGUUGACUGACAUGUCAAACCUCGCGACAAUAUAUUCUGAGCAAGGGCGGUGGAAAGAGGCUGAAGAGCUACUUCUACGGGUAAUAGAGAUGGAAAAGAGAGUACUUCCGGACGACUAUCCUAAAAUACUAAUUACUCUUACGAAUCUAGCGAUGACGUAUACGGAGCAAGAGCGGUGGAACGAGGCACAAGAGAUACAGCUGCAGGUAUUCGAGGUAGGAAAGAGGAUACUCGGGAACGAGCAUCCCCUCACACUAGUUGGCAUGAGUAAUCUUGCCUUUACUCUCAAGCAUCAAGGACGGGCCCGAGAGGCUUUGUCUCUUAUACAGAGAUGUUGCCAACUGUACGAACGAGUCCUUGGUGCAAAUCAUCCGAGUACAAAAAGGGAAUUUCGUUGGUUAGAUAGGUGGCGGGCAGAGAGUGAAGAGGAGCACGUUUAG